CCCAGCUGGGUAGGGCCACAGAUGAGGCUCGGUUUCUGCCUGGAGUGGCCCCCACUCCUCCAGCCUCACCCAGACACCAUGAGUGGCCGAGUCGGAGACCUGAGCCCCAAGCAGGCAGAGACCCUGGCCAAGUUCCGAGAAAAUGUGCAGGACGUGUUGCCCGCCCUGCCCAAUCCUGAUGACUAUUUCCUUCUGCGCUGGCUCCGAGCUCGGAAUUUCGACCUGCAAAAAUCAGAGGCCAUGCUCCGCAAGUAUAUGGAGUUCCGGAAGUCCAUGGACAUUGACCACAUCCUUGAUUGGCAGCCCCCAGAGGUGAUCCAGAAGUAUAUGCCUGGUGGCCUGUGUGGCUAUGACCGGGAUGGCUGCCCGGUGUGGUAUGACAUCAUUGGGCCGCUUGACCCAAAGGGCCUGCUCUUCUCGGUCACCAAGCAAGACCUGCUUAAGACCAAGAUGAGGGACUGCGAGCGCAUUCUGCAUGAGUGUGACCUGCAGACAGAGCGGCUGGGGAAGAAGAUUGAGACCAUUGUGAUGAUAUUUGACUGUGAGGGCCUGGGACUGAAGCACUUCUGGAAACCUCUGGUGGAAGUGUACCAAGAGUUCUUUGGCCUCCUUGAAGAGAAUUACCCGGAGACCCUGAAGUUCAUGCUCAUUGUGAAAGCUACCAAACUGUUCCCUGUGGGCUACAACCUCAUGAAGCCCUUCCUGAGUGAAGACACACGCAGAAAAAUUAUAGUAUUGGGAAGCAACUGGAAGGAAGGUUUGCUGAAACUCAUCAGUCCCGAGGAACUGCCUGCUCAGUUUGGAGGGACUCUGACUGACCCAGAUGGGAACCCCAAAUGUUUAACUAAGAUCAACUAUGGUGGGGAGAUCCCCAAGUCCAUGUACGUGCGGGACCAAGUGAAGACUCAGUAUGAGCACUCAGUGCAAAUCAAUCGUGGCUCUUCACACCAGGUGGAAUAUGAAAUUCUGUUCCCAGGCUGUGUCCUCAGGUGGCAGUUCUCCUCUGAUGGUGCAGACAUUGGUUUUGGGGUCUUCCUGAAGACCAAGAUGGGGGAGCGGCAGCGAGCCGGGGAAAUGACAGAAGUACUCCCCAGCCAGCGUUACAAUGCCCACAUGGUGCCUGAGGAUGGGAGCCUCACCUGCGCAGAAGCCGGUGUCUAUGUCCUGCGCUUUGACAACACCUAUAGCUUUGUCCAUGCCAAGAAGGUCAGCUUUACGGUGGAAGUGCUGCUCCCAGACGAAGGCAUGCAGAAGUAUGACAAAGAACUCACCCCUGUCUAGGCAGCUUCCUCACUUCUCUGAGACCUGAGACACUCUCCUUUUUCUAUCUAUAUCCUACCAUUCUUCCUUCCCUCAGAAACUGAUCGCUAGUCUUCUUGACUCUGUGAGAUUAGUCAGUAAAGAAAGAGCUGCCUUGAGGAAGACUUAUGUGUUGUGGUCAGAUCAGGAAAGGCACAGUUUUUGAAGGAUGCCAAGAUUGCAUAAGAGAAGAAGAAAGGUGAAAACAAGAGGUGACGUCACUGAAACCCAAGAAAUCACAAAAUGAAUUCUUAACUUUUGUCUUCACUUCUCCUAAGGCAUUUGUGUGUGUUCAAAUUUCUACGCUAUGAGCUAUGAGCCACUUGGGUUACAAAUACAUCUAAAUUCUUUUUUACUUCUACUCCUUAUACAGUAGAUGCUCAAUAUAUACUUGUGAACUUGAAUGAAGGUAGUGAGCAGGGUAAUUCACGGGUGUACAUUUCAGCACCUCGGACAGAGGCCAGGCCCAGGAUGCAGACCCAGGUGAUCCAGCCCCCUGGUUUCUGGGAGUGGCUGCCCCCUCGGGUAGGUAGGAGAGGCCUCCAUAAGACUUUGUCUGACUCCCGCCACAUAGCUUUCCCAACCCAUCACUCCCACCUGUACCCACUUCCCAUGGAACUCACACCUUAUAUUUUAAGCAAUUAAAGAAACUUUACUGAAAGCAAAAGAGGUCCUAUCUGGCUCUGGCUGCUGCCUGUUGAUAACAAUUUAAAAGUCUAGGCUAUCAUUUGAUGAGUGCUUUCUUGCACACCACACAUGAUGCCAAGUGCUUUAUGAGUGUUGCUCAUUUCAUUCUCAAACCUCCCCCGGGGGCCAUUUCUCAUGGCCAUCUUAUGGAUAAGAAAAGUAAGGCUCAGAGAGGUAAAGUCACCUCCAACAUUAGUUCUUAAGUGGGAGAUUCAAGCCCUAGGGUUUGUUUUUUCUUUACUCCAAAUACAUUGUUUUUAAUUGUCUAUAAUUCCACUUCCUCAGACCCUACUUUCACAAAGGAAACAAAGAAUGACUUAUUUGUCCUAGAUCUUCCAGUAGAAGUGUCCUGGGUGUCAUCCUCUCCAAUCCCAGUUUGUGGACAAGUAUGUGUUAUGUCCAUUGGGCAGCUGGGGCAAUAGAGACCCCCAAUGCUCAAUUGUAUGUUGUUAGUCCAAGGGGAUUCACAGCAAAAUGGACUAGGCCUUUGCCUCUAAGCCGUGCAUCUUGUCCACUGUUCACAUGGCCUCUGAGAAGCAUGACCUCCUGACACCCACCAUGGCCCUGGGUGACUGAGGGGGAAGUCACAUCUCCAGGACAUUCCUGCUCCAUCCAAGCCAGGGACACAGAGACACUGGCUUGAGCCCUAGGACCUCUGGCCAGGAGGUACCGAAUUACACAGAGAAGGUGGGUAGGUGGGGACCAAAGGCUGACUGGUCCUUGGGAAUGAGCUGCCCAGGACCAAGGCUGCUGAAGUGAGCCAGAGUGGAAGGCCUGUCUCCAAAACCAAUCAAGCAAGUGUUCAGCAAUGCCUAGCACUUUCCAUCUGCACUUAUGGGCACAAGAUUUUAUCUCCAUUUUAUAGAUGGGAACCUGAGAUCUCAGAAGGCACUGGCCUGGUUUCCUUUGGCCUAUGGGUGGGAGAAAUAGCCUUGAAGUUAGGGCCACCCUCCCCCACCUGCUCACUCGCACCAAAUUCACACUACUGUAGCAAUUUGCCAGAAUAAGGCUCUCAGAUGUGGGGAAGGUGAGGAGGAGAGGGUUGUCAGAUUUAUGGGGGGAAGAUGCAAUAUGUGGAAUGUACUUAAAAUUUAUUGUUUAUCUGAAAUUAAAACUUAAUGUGGCAUCCUGUA